AUGGGAAAUUUAUUAUUUACAGAUGAUUCAUCAUCGUCUUGUUCCAAUAAAUGUAGUGAAAAUGCAAAAAAAAGUAAAAAAAAUACUUGUUCUUCUGAAAAAUCAAGAGAACGAAAUGAUGUAAAAUUAAAAAUUAAUACACAUGAAAAUAACUUAGCAUUAUUAAAAACAAAAAACAGAGCGAAGAGGCAUAAUCCAAGUAAUGCUCUAUUAAGAAAUGGAAUUUUCUGUGUAAAAUAUAAAGUGAAAAAUCAGUUCAUACCUAUGCUUUUGGAGUUAAAAAAUACACCUAGAUGUGAAAUUGUAGUUUUUGAUGAUUACCGUAAUAUUAUAAAAAAAAUAUUAAUUAAAGAUAUAGAAUUAAUUGAAAACUCAAUUAACACAAUAGAUAUAUUUUUAAGAAUAAAUGAAGAAUAUACAGAGCAAAAUAAAUUUAAUUUGUGCAGUUUUAUAUUAAAAGAUAACAAUGAUAAAGUAUCUUUUAUUUAUAAUAUAAAAAUGUUAUAUGGUAUUGACGUAUUAGAAUAUGGGAAAGUGAAGUAUAAUAAAAUAAAUACUGAAGAAGUAGAAGAAAAAUACAUUUAUGAAAAAAAUGUUUUAGAUAAAGAAAAUGAAAAUAAUUUACAGUCUUUAUUAGAUGAUAUAAAUAAUAAUUUAUAUAAUAACAUGGAAUUAUUUGAAAAAAAUAUUGAUGAAGAUAAAAUGGGUGAAAUAAUAAAUACAUGCUUAAAAUUAGGAGAAAUGCAUAAUCCUAUUAUUAUCUUAGGUGAUAUGGAAGAUGGUAGCAUUAUAAAAGUAAAAGAAUUGAAUUCUUUAUCUACUUCAAAGAAAAAAAAAAAUAUGUCACACGACGAUUUUACACUUAUAGAAUGGUUUUUGUCAAAAGGUAUUGGUUCAAAUAAAAGUUUUCGUGAAGAUUCUAUUCAUUGUGGAAAUAGUUUAUUAUUAAAAUCUUUUAUGAUAGGUUACUAUAUAAAAGUUAAAGUUUGUAAAAAUAUAUUUAUUAAUAAUAAGAAAACAUUUGUCACUUCAGUAAGUAUAAAAGGACCAGUUACAAUUAAUGAUAAUACUGCAAAACACGUUCUAAAUUAUUUAUCUAAUGCCAAUGAAUCUAUUCAAAUUUAUUUAUCUUCAUCUGAUAUAUAUAAUAUAUUUUUUUCCUCUAGUGAACCUGAUAAAAAUAUUAUAGGAUUAUUUAUUUUUUACCCUGCCUAUAUAUUUAUUAUGAGAAAAGGUUUAAGAUUUGCUAUAACCUUAAAUGAAAAAAGUUAUUCAGUGGAUUAUGUAUGGAAUUCUUUUUAUUUAACAAAAAAGGACGUAUUGUUUGAUAAAGCAUACGAUUUUAUACCUUCUUAUAUAGAUAUGUCAGAUAUUCAUCUAUAUUUCAUAACUCUAAAUAUAAAUGGGGAUAAAAUAAAAUCAAUUAUACGAACCAAUUCGUCUAACGAGAGAAAUGAAAUAUAUACAACUGUGUUUUUUUAUAAAUAUCAAAAAAGGAUAAUUUCCAUGAAUGAAUGGGUGAGAGAUUCAUUAGCUGGGUCGUAUAGUAAACUUAAAAAAAGAUUUGAAAAUAUUUUUAUAGAAUUAAAAGGGCAAGAUUUAAAAAAAAUAGAUUUAGUUAAUAUGUAUAAUUAUGCAUAA